CAUAUGUGUUAUUUCUUUGCAGUUCAUUUUUUUUGGGGCUGCCGUGGUGGUAACCAUGACAACCACGCCACAACACUCUUUGCUCCGACGACGGUGUAGCGCUCUUCCAUACAGACACGCCUCGAUAUUAUUAGCCGGCUUAUCGCUGUGCUUGCAGUUACACAUUGAUGACAGUUCCCCAUUUCCACUCAGCUCAUACGGUGUGUAGAAAGACAGACAGAUGGAAAAAUCGAAUAUUUAUUUUGAGGAAUUAUUCUCAUUAUUAUUAGGACGUGUCAAGCUUUCCGAGUGAUUAACUUUACAAAUGAAAAGACGUCUCGAGAUGUUUCUUGCAUUAAACGUGCAAACUGCACCAAAACAGCAAUUUGCUAUAUGAAUGUUUUGGGAGAGCGUGCAAGGCCGAGAAAGAGAGAGAGAGAGAAAGACAGAGAGAGAGAGAGCGAAAGAUCUUGAUCGAGCUAAGUAUUCACUCCUCCUCCUCCUCCUCUUCUUUUCUCUCCCUUCACUUGUUAAUUUGAUAAGAUUCAAUCGCACUGGUUGACCGGCGGACAGCAGCGACUGCAGCUCUUUUUUAACGUGAUGAGCACGCUUCAAGUCACAUUCUAAGGUGUUUUUUUUAAUUUGUUUUAAUUGUGGCACAAGUGCACCCCAACUUGCCUUCGCUCCGGUGAGUCGGAUGUGCAGCUUCCAGGAGAGGAGAGGAUAUGUACCAGGGAAUCAUGAGCACCGGUAGCGGCAGCAGCAGCGGCAACCACGGCGGUCACGGGUACGAGGCCGCCGGCUUCCUGCACAGCAGCAGCAGCUGCAGCAGCAGCUCGUCCUCGGCCACGACGCCGGUCUACGUGCCCACCACCCGGGUGGUCGCGCAGAUGAUCCCUGGGCUGCCCUACCUGCAGUCGCCCGGCGCGUCGCAGCCGCCGGCCUCCGCUCACUCCGGCUGGGCUCAGCCGAGCGUCGAGCCCUCGUACAACCACUCCCCGGUGUCGCCGCGGUUCACUUUCUCGGCGAGCCCGCCUCUGGCCUCGGUCGGGCCCAAGGACCAAGCGGCGGCGGCGGCUGCUGCGGCGGCGGCGGCUGCUGCAGCUGCGGCGGCCUCCUCCUACGGUAACCCGCUGGGCAUCUCUGCAACCGGGCGAGCGGAGCACUACGGCGCCCGGGGACUCGGCGGCGCCUACCACAGCCCCUACCCGGCCUACAUGAGCACCAACAUGGGCGGAACGUGGUCGGCGUCCCCUUUCGAGAGUCCCGUGCUCCACGGCCUGCAGGCAGGUGCUGCGACGGGCGGCGGGACUCGACACCCCAACAUAGACCUUUUUGAUGACUUCGCCGAGGGCCGAGAGUGCGUCAACUGCGGGGCCAUGUCCACGCCGCUGUGGAGGCGGGACGGCACGGGCCACUACCUGUGCAACGCCUGCGGCCUUUACCACAAGAUGAACGGCAUCAACAGACCUCUCAUCAAGCCCCAGAGGCGACUGUCGGCCUCCCGGAGGCUGGGCCUGUCCUGCACCAACUGCCACACCACCACCACCACCCUGUGGCGACGCAACGCAGAGGGAGAGCCCGUGUGCAACGCCUGCGGCCUCUACAUGAAGCUGCACGGGGUCCCGCGGCCGCUAGCCAUGAAAAAAGAGGGCAUCCAGACCCGCAAGCGCAAACCCAAGAACCUGAACAAGAGUCAAAUUGGGGCUCUAAGCAACGACGAGACUCCGACGGCCCCGAGCAGCACUCCCCGGGGCCCCGGCUCCUCCUCCUCCUCCUCGUCCUCCUCUUCGGCCGUUUCCGAGGAAGCCCGACAGAUAAAGACGGAACCGGAGACUCUCAGUUUGUACACCCACAACGGCGCACACUCGCAGAUCUCAGCUCUGCCCGCCUACAUGACGGCUCCAGGCGGAAGCCUGGCUCUCAGGAUGUCCCCCGGGGGUCACGGCGGCUCUUCGGGCUCAAAGGCCGAGCCGUGGAACAACCUCAUCCUGGCGUAGGACCAAGACGUGCGUGGGUGGGCCGACGGGGGCGGAGCGCUGUGACAAGGUUCAAAACACGAUUUUGACAGAUGAUUGAAUGGCAAGGCUCCACGUCCAAUUCCAUUUGUGACACAAUUAAACAGGUCAGAGUUCAAUGUCCAGGUCAGUAUUGACGCAUCUACUCAGGCAAAGUCGCACACGCCUCAACUACAGCGGCAUUUGUAGAAAGGUUGCUACAUUUUCCCGUGACGUGGCCAGGCGUUGGCAUUUCUAGUCACAGAAUAUCCAAAUAUUAUCUUCAAGUGCUUUAAAGCGAUAGCGAUUGUAUCAUCACGUCCAUUAUCAAGAACAUUUCGGAAUGGAAAAAUGACACAAAGCGGCAAAACUAAAUUGUUGCCUUUUUUGGACACAAAAAAUAGGGCCCACCCUUUAUGUCAUUGUCUACUAUUUAAAAAAAAAAUUGAUUUACACUCUCGCUGUUGGGAUCCUGUUAUACAAUAGUAUUUAUUUCAUAAUCAGUUCAUUAUUAAGCAGCUUAGUAAGCUCAAAGUUUCAUUGUGUAGAAUGAUUAUUUCUGGUGGCAAGUGUGUAUAUUAUAGAGAAGCCGCAACUUUUACUUACAUUAAUGUAAAGGCUCUUCACUCCAGUAUCAAAAGUUAAAAAAAACAACAACAAAAAAAACACCUCGUUUGGGCGAUGUUGCAAAACCCCAGAAAAUGCAUUAGCACCCACUAACGUGACACUACCUAUACAAGUUGCAAAUGUGGUGAGUUGAGUUGUUGUCGUUCAUGUUUAAUGAAGAAAAGAUGUCAGACCAAUUCUGUUCAACAUUUCACUUCACGCCUCUAUCCAAACAAUAAAUAUA